AUGGUUCAAGCCCUGCUGGAUACUAAGGGUGGUCUCUGGCUUACACAGGCACGGGUUGCUCGGUAUCAAGCAAAACUGUUAGAAAAUCCUGAAGUUACCCUACAGACCUGUCCCUCCCUUAACCCAGCCACCCUGUUACCGGAGACAGAGGAGCAGGAACAUGACUGUCUGGAAAUCAUAGAUGUCCAAUACUCCAGCCGCCCAGACUUAAAAGAUCAACCCCUCCCUAAUGCUGAUUAUGAGUGGUAUACUGACGGCAGCAGUACUGUUGUAAACGGACAAAGGAGGGCAGGCUAUGCUAUUGUAUCUCUCCAUGAGACUGUGGAAGCAGAGGGUUUACCUGCUGGGACAUCAGCCCAGCUGGCUGAAUUGGUAGCCUUAACCCGUGCACUUGAACUGUCAAAAGGAAAAAAAGUUAACAUUUUUACUGAUUCCAGAUAUGCCUUUGGAAUACUACACGCUCAUGCCGGUCUGUGGAAGGAAAGAGGAAUGUUAACAGCCCAAGGUUCUCCGGUUAAACAUGGGCCUCAAAUUCUCCGGCUUUUAGAAGCGGUACAGCUCCCCUCAGAAGUAGCAGUGAUACACUGCAAGGCUCAUCAAAGAGAAGAUCAAGAUGUGGCUAAGGGUAAUGCCCGGGCGGACAGAGAGGCUAAGCGAGCUGCUACCCUGGAACCACAGGAAGCUGAAGAUGCCCAUAUGCAUGCCCUCAUCCCAUCAGUGGGGGAGCUCCCAACCCCUCAGUAUUCUCACGAAGAGAGGAACCUAGCCAACACACUUGGGCUCCGGGAAAAGGAGGGAUGGCUCCACUCCACGGAAGGAAAAAUCCUCCUACCAAGAAAUCUAAUACGAGUUAACAGGAAAACUAUAGUAGAACGACCAAUAGAUCUGAAAAACAGGAAACUAACUUUGCCAAUGAAUAGAUCUUGGCCAAACAUGAUUGCAGCAAGUAAACUGGAGUUAAAUCACAGAGAAGGCAAGAGCAGAAAUAUUCCUGGAAAAACAUCUAAUUUUGAUAAACAUUUUGCAAAAGUGGGUGAGGAUGAAUCAGAACAUUCACGCGAUGUACCUGAUGAAGAACAGUAUCCCUAUCAUACUGUAAAAACUUCCAGCUUGGAGGCAAUGCAUGCUUUGAAAAUUUUGCCUGCCAAACCUAUAAAAGAAUCCGAGUAUGCAGAUCAACGGUAUUUAGGAGAUUCAGCUACUACUCACAUUUCUAGAAACACUAAAUCCUCUAUCAUCAUCCAACCAAAGUCCUCUGACUCCCCUCGAGACUUAGGUCAAUGCAGAUAUGUUUCAGAGGAGAGCAGAGUCCCAAAUGUUAAAGGUCCUGCUGUAAAACAAAGCAUGAAGCCAAACAUACUUUUUACUGAAAUCACAAGAGAAAAAGAAAAAGUAAUUGGAUCACAGAACCCUUUGCCCCCUCCAAGGCCUCUUAAGACACUUCCAAAGAAAUAUCAGCCACUUCCCCCAGAACCAGAGAGAAGCAGCCAGCUGUCUCACACAAGGAACAUAUUUAGUCAGGCUCACACCUUUCCAAUGUCAGCAAAGAACACCAGACACCUAUCUGUUAAGGAGUUAAAUGAAGCACUUGGAAAAGGAAGAGAUAUCAGCAGGGAAGUUGAAUUAGCUUUCCAAACAAGACAGCAAAAACCAAAAUAUCAUCCUGCAUCCAGCUCUCCUUGUAUGCUGAGUAGUAAAAGUUUUCAAGGCUCAGGAUCCAGAUUAAACAUACAAAACCGUUCAAUUGAGAGGUCACCAUCUCCAGGAAAGCACAAGCCUUCUGAAUGUAGAUCACAAGGUAUAUAUGUAAACCUGCCAACACCGCAUCUUACGAAGCCUGUUGAAAAGGAUUUAAAUAAAUAUGACUGGUAUACUGGAGAAUUUGAUCGUCAGAAAGCAGAAGAGGCUUUGUUACAGGAGAACACCGAUGAGACAUUCUUGGUCAGAGAUUGUUCAACAAAAUCAAGUGCUGAACCAUAUGUUUUGGUCAUAUAUUAUGGAAACAAGGUAUACAAUAUUAAAAUACGUUUUCUGGAAGACAGCCAGCAAUAUGCAUUGGGAACAGGGCUCAGAGGAGAUGAUAAGUUUGAUUCAGUGCAAGAAAUCAUAGACUUCUACACAUGUGUUCCCAUUACACUUAUUGAUGGAAAGGAUAAGUCUGGAAUCCAGAGAGAACAAUGUUACCUAACACACCCUUUUAAGUUGAACAGAAGAUGCUUCUUACCCUAA